GCCGUUUCCGCGGGGACGCCUGGCGGGAGCGCACCGCCGAGGCCAACAUGGCGGCGCACGCGCUGCGGGGCCUGUGCCGGCCGCGGCCGGGGCUGGCGCUUCUGUGCGCGCGGUCCUCGCAGUGGGCCGGCACCGAGUACCGGAGCUCCCACAGCCUGGACAAGCUGUACCCUCCGCGGCAGGACGGAACCGCCACCCGCGCCACGGAGGAGCUGCAGCCGCCCGUCCUCGACAUCCCCCUGGCUCGCCUGACCGUGUCCUACAGCCGGAGCAGCGGCCCCGGCGGGCAGAACGUUAAUAAAGUGAAUUCCAAGGCGGAGGUCCGGUUCCACCUGGCAUCAGCUGACUGGAUUCCCGAAGCUGUGAGACAAAAAAUGGCUCUGAUGCACAAGAAUAGGAUAAACCGGGCUGGUGAGUUGAUUGUGACCUCGGAGGAGAGUCGCUACCAAAUGAGGAAUCUGGCGAUUUGCCUGGAGAAAAUCCGGACCAUGGUCACGGAGGCGACCGAGAAACCCAAGGUGGUGUCUAAGGAGACAACUCAGAAACUCAUAGAGAGGGUAGAAAAAAUGAACCGUGAACGGCUACGACAGAAGAAAAUCCACUCAACUAUAAAACAGAGCAGGAAGGCAGAUUUUGACUGAGAACAGAGAGAUCCAAGCCCUUGGCAUUCCAUCUUCUUAAAGUGGCAUUGGCAGCUGUAUAUGAUGCUAAUCUCAUAGGCUGUAUUGAAUAAAAAGAACCUCAAAGUGUAAAUAAAAAUAUUUAACAUCUUCUUUUGUAGGCAGUGAUACACUGUGAUGGCCUGUCAAUCAUUUUUCAGAAUAAUUAUUGUUCACAUUUGAGAGGAAUUAAAAUUCUGAUUUUUUUCACUCUUC